GGCGGGGCUUAGUAGAAGUUGCGUGUUCGAGUCAGAGGAGAGUUGUGUUUUAAACUGUACAACACUAUUUAAUUAACAGUACUUCAGUAGCUUAAUCAGUAAAACUGGUUUAUUCGUUUUAACUUCCAGUAAACAAGGGUUUAAGUAUUCAUUUCAUUUCACUGUGAAGCAUUAUUGUUGAAAGCUGACUUCUCAAAUCCUUCCUUGAAAUGAAAGCGGGCGCGCUCCACUGUCGAUGUGCCAAAUGUUUCUCUCUGCCUGUCCGGAAGCGGGUGCGAAAGCGUGCGUCUGCCGUCACGCUGCUGUCCCUUCCUGAAGAGCUGCUCCUGUGUGUCCUCCAGUGCCUCUCCGCUGAGGAUCUCCUCGCCGUCAGAGCUGUUCAUUCUCAUCUUCGUGACAUUAUCGAUAGUAACUCGAGCGUCUGGGCUAGAGUGAGUUUCAAAGACCGCUGGCCGGCCCCGGAUACCGUUUGGCUCUUUGAGAGGGCUGCGGAGAAAGGGAACUUUGAAGCUGCUGCGAAACUAGGAAUUGCGUAUUUGUACAAUGAAGGACCUUCGCUCAGUGAGGAGGGACGUGCUGACCUGUGCGGCCGCAUGGCAUCCCGGUACUUCAGCCUGGCCGAGAGCCUCCGGUCCCCGCUGGCCGACCCCUUCAUCUGGCUGUUCAUCCGGCCGCCAUGGUCCACGUCUGGCGGCUGCUGUAAGGCUGUGGUGUACGACCGACUCGAAGCCGAGUGUGAGACCAACCUGGGUCGGAGAGGGACGUUACUGUACUGUCUGGCUAGAGUCCUUCAGCUGUUUGAUGAUGAGGAGAAGCGUGACGAGGCCAGGGCCAUGCUGAAGGAGUCUGCGUGUUGCGGGAGCGUGCAGAGCUCGUAUCUGCUGUGGGAGAUGAACCGCGGGACGUCGACGGCUGACCCCGGCAGGUAUCUGCAGAGCAUUCGCACGCUCAGGGACUACGCUGCCAAAGGAUGCUGGGAAGCUCAGCUGGCAUUCGCGAAGUCAUGUGGCACCGCAAACCCUCUGGGUCUGGAGCCGCGGGCCUGUGCUGAACUCGUGGCCCAGUUCUUCCACUCCGGACCGUCACCCCUGAGAUACCCACAGAACCUGCAGGGACAGGACAUCACCACUAAGAGGUAUAUCUUGUUGGGGUGGCUGGUGGAGGUGACCACCAUGAAAGACUUCUCCAGUCAGGUGCUGCACGUGACCAUCGGCUGUGUGGACCGCUAUCUGAGCCGGCGCUCAGUGCCUAAGGCGCAGCUGCAGCUCCUGGGCAUCGCCUGCAUGGUGAUCAGCACGCGAUACAUCAGCAGAGAGAUCCUGACCAUCCGCGAGGCCGUGUGGCUCACAGACAACACCUAUCAGUAUGAGGACCUGGUGCGCAUGAUGGGGGAGGUCAUCUCCGUGCUGGACGGGAAGAUACGGACUCCCACAGUGUUGGAUUAUGGCGAGGUGCUGCAGUCGCUGCUGCCCAUGGAGCGCCGCAGCUCUCAUCUCUUCAGCUACAUCUGUGAACUCUCUCUGCUCUGCUCGCCCCUACUGGCCCCUGAGCCGAUUAAGGUAUAGGGUAUCGCAUGUCUCUUGGAUCUGAGACAAGAACUGGACUGUGUAAUUCCUGUGUGGCCCGUCCAGCUGGAGGAAAACACGGGUUUGUCCAAGCAUGACCUGGUCUCCUGCGCUUUAUCGCUCUACGUCAAGUGUUUCGGUCAAGAUGUGCCCAAAGACUACAGACACGUGUCUCUGACCGGAGUCAAGCAGAGGUUUGAGGAUGACGCGUAUCAUCAGAUUAGCAGAGACGCGGUGAUGGGCUUUAAGGAGCUCUGUCAGGUGCUGGAUCAGAUUAGCAGAGACGAGCCGCACCCAGAGGGGGAGCCGCAGGUGGAGGCGCCCAGCGCUAGCAGUCAGCUAACAGAGAUGCACGCCUUCCUGAGGCGAGAGGACAGCAUGCAGGCGCAAGGUUGCUGGUUACUGGCAAAGCCGAAAUGUGAACUGUGGAGGAGACACUGCUGGGAGACAUCCUGGACUGGAGCCUGGACACUUCCUGCUCCGGCUACGAGGGCGACCGGGAGAGUGAGGGCGAGAAGGACGGAGAAAUCAUUGUCUAUUGUGGAGGUGCAGAUGGAGCCUGUGGUCGAGUGCGCUGACAGACAGACGCAUUGUUGCGUGCUCUCCAGUGAUGACGACAGUCUUUGUGAAGAGCACACUGAGGAGGCGGCGACGGGAGGGAGCGCCAGACCCUGGAAACACCACCUCUCCUCCUCCUCCUCGAGCUCCUCGAGCACAGACCGCCGCAGCUCGGGCUACUCGUCCAUCCAAAGCGUUCCCAGUCCGUCUGUCUCUUCCUCUCUGGCCUCUCCCCAAAACCCCGCUGGUUUCCUUCUCCUGCUGCCACCUGCGCAAAGCACUCGCCGACAGGUGAAGAGGAAAAACACGGCGGCGCACAGCGGAGGAGAGGCGGAGCGCGACAAGGACGCUGCCAACGUGGCCUUUCUUAGCCUCUGAUUGAUUGACAGGAAGCUGUCGUCCCUUAACGCAUCACUUCCUGGCAAUCCACCAGGAGCACUUUGGUUCACGGGGUGCUGAUGAUCUUUAUCUCAGAGCAGCGAGAGUGCGAUAAAGUGGCUGAAAUGUCAAUUUCUGAGCUUUAAAUGCGAUUUGAAAAACAAAAGUCAUGUUUUUCCUCCCAUAAUGCAUUUCACUUCGGCUCCCGAUGGCGGGAGCGCCUUCGCCUGACUGUUUCUGUUGACAAGCAACGGAAAUAAAAAUGUGCCUAAAAUGUGUUCAAAUCACUGGAACUGUCGCUUUUUUUGAAGUCUUGUGUACGUUGUGUUACAUCUUCGUAUUUAAAAUUCCAGACUGUUUACAGAAAAGGACUUAUAGUUUAUCAAAUAUGUUUUUUACGAAGUUACAUGCAGCUAUGGAGAAAACCCACUCAGUCCAUGAAGUUUCAUGCUGAUAAAUGCACUGUCCGAACAAAACUGGUUUGUUUACGCAGAUGUUUCUCGUCAUGUUUAUUGAUUAUUUAUCUGGAACUGGACCGAUCGACUCCAGUGUUUUUGUAUUUGCGCAUUGCUUUGUGUUCGCCACAAAUCUUCUGCCAAAGUUCUCGCAUUAACAAUUUUUAUACUGUUUGUCUGCUUGAUGCCACUGAUGUUUUGACCUGUGAAACCUAUGGAAGCUUGUUUCCGACACUGAAUUAAGAAACUGCAACUAUAUCUCGCAAUUCUGAGCAAUAUAUCUAUAUCUCGCAAUUUUUUUUUUUCUUUCAGAGUUGCAUGAUAUAAACGUUGCGACAAACUCGCAAUUGUAAGAAAAUGUCAGAAUUUUGAGCAAUUUUUUUUUUUUAUAACUCGGAAUUGCAAGUUUAUAUUAAGAAGUCGAAAUUGCGUAAUGUAAACUCGCAAUUGUGAGGAAAAAAAUGCUGAAUUGUGAAGUUUAUAUCGUAAUUCUGAUUUUAUAACUGACAAUUGCGUAUUUAAUAAAACUGACAAUUUUAAAUUCACAAUUGCACAAUAAAGUCAGAAUUGCUAGAUAUAAAUUCGCAAUUGUAAGAAAAAAACGUUUAAAGUGUGAGAGAAAUUCAUGUUUGCGAGGAAAAAAAGAAAAAAGUCAGAAUUCCGAGUUUAUAUCUCGCAAUUCUGACUUUUUAACUCGCAAUUGCGUAUUUACUGUAUUUUUACAUUUUUGAGAAAAAAGUCAGAAUUGUGGGAUAAAAAGUUAAAAAUUUUUAUCUCGUGGCGGAAAUGAGCUUCCAUAGAAACCUAGUAAUUCAUAAAUCUGUAUGAAUUUUUCACGUAUUUUUACGACAGAUCCAAUGCAACAACCACUGAAUGUGAUCGUUUGACAUGCUUUUUCGUAAUGACCUCGAGAGAUACCGAGCACUUUUUAUGACCCAAUGCUGGAAAGCAAUAUGAUGCUUCUUAACAAGUCUCAAUGUUUUAUCUUUAUACAUGCUUGAACAAUCAACCAUACCUAUAUGUUUGUGAGUGUUCGACCGAGUUCAUCUGUUUGAGGUUAUGACACUAAAAGCAUUAAGUUAUUAUUUUCGUGCAGGUCUUGUUGGUACUGUAUGUCGAACAUCACUAAGGAUUGCAACUGUAAAUAAUUCUUGUUUGUAAGUGUAAAUAUAUAAAUGUAUGAA